UUAACCUUAAGAGUAUAGUAAAGUGCUUAACAGAAAUUAAGUAUAUAUGUUACUUUUCAUAUAUUACGAUUAAAUUUUGUACAUACAUUACCAUGUCUCUUCUUCGUCAAGCAGAACAUUGGGGUACUUUUACAACUGUUUGGCAUCUUUUUGAUGCAACUUGGCAAGAUCCAUAUAAAAGUGCUCUUUUGAUAAAACAGUAUCUUAUGGGAACAUAUAAACCAAUAUAUCAUCCAUUAAGUAAGUGUGGUGAUCACGUAAUAGUCAUAAACAGCAAAGAUAUUGCAUUGCGUGGGGAUGAAUGGCAAAAACGAGUAUACUUUCAUCAUACUGGAUAUAGUGGUGGUGCUUCUUGGACACUUGCAUGGGAAUUACAUAGUAAAAAUCCUACUUUGAUUGUUAAGAAAGCAGUUUAUAGAUCAAUGGUUGGAAAUCUACAAAGGCGAUAUCUUAUGGAAAAGUUACACAUUUUUCCUGAUGCAAAUGUUCCCAAAGAAAUGUUAGAAAAUGUUAGUAAUCAAAUUAAACAAUUACGUCCUGUUCCAACCAGAUUGUGUGAUAUUCCAGAAGAGGAAAGAAAUAAAAUACCACGACUUAUAAAAUUACCAAUGGAUUACCAAGUCAACUAA